AAAUGGCUAAAGCAGUACGCAUUUCCAAAGUUCUGGCAAUCGUCACUGUGGUUCUGACUAUCUCUGCUAUUGGUGGUAUCGCCUCUAUGCUGGCUGUAUACUUAAUACAAAUUCAGAAGAAUCCUCCUACACCUCCACCAACAAUUGUUAGCACCACAGCAUUUCCAACAGGACCUCCGCCGACAAUGAGACUGCCUCAAAAUGUGUUUCCAGUGAGCUACAGGAUCCAUCUUCAACCCUACCUGUACGCAGCACCCAGCAACACGACCAAGCAAUCCUUCGUUUUCACUGGGAAUUCUACAGUGAUAAUUAAGUGUGUGGAAACGACCAAGAGCAUCUUCUUGCAAAGCAAAGACCUUAAUGUUACAAGUGUAACAGUAUAUGAUAGUAUCAGUGGGGACGAUCUAGUUGAGAGUUAUCAGCUUCAUGACGGUGAAAGUAAUUUCCUUGAGAUCCAACUUAAGGACAUUCUGUAUGGAAAUGAGAGUUUCUAUGAAGUUUUCACAGCAUUUGAAGGAGAACUUAUGGAUGACUUGACUGGGUUAUACGUGAGCACCUACACAGAGGACGAUGAGCAAAGAUUUCUUGCCGCAAGUCAGAUGCAGCCCACAGACGCCAGGAAAGUAUUUCCUUGUUUCGACGAGCCAGCCAUGAAAGCUGAGUUCAAUAUCACCGUUAUCCACAGAGACGGCACCACUGCCCUGUCCAAUUCUCAACUAUAUACGGAAAAAUACGUUGAAAUCGAUGGCGAUAAGUGGGUUGUCACAGAAUUUCAUCCCACCGAGAAAAUGUCAACCUACCUCUUAGCUCUUACAGUGUCAGGUUUUAAGAGCAAGCAAAGUCCAACUGACAAUAGAAUUAAGACGUGGGCGAGACCUGAUGCUGUUGACGCCGGAUAUGCAGACUAUGCUGCAGAAACUGCUGCAGAGGUCCUCAAGUACUAUGAGAAUCUUUUUAAAGAGAAGUACCCAUUAGCAAAACUAGACCAGGUUGCCAUCCCUGAUUUUAGUGCAGGUGCAAUGGAAAACUGGGGGCUGGUAACCUAUCGAGAGACUGCUUUACUGUAUGAGGAAGGUGUGUCAUCCACUUCUGAUAAAGAAUGGAUCACCACUGUGAUUGCGCAUGAGUUGGCACAUCAGUGGUUUGGGAAUCUGGUCACAAUGAAGUGGUGGAAUGAUGUGUGGUUAAAUGAAGGUUUUGCCACAUACUUUUCAUACCUGGGAGUGGAUGCAGUUAAACCAGACUGGAACGUAGAAGAUCUGUUGUUCAUAGAAGACGUUCAGAGCGCCCUCGAAGUGGAUUCUUUGAACACAUCACAUCCGCUCAGCAGUCCAGAAGCUGAUAUCGAUUCUCCCUCUGAAAUCACUGAGCUGUUUGACUCCAUCACUUACAGCAAGGGAGCAGCAGUGCUGAGAAUGUUAUCAAAUCAUCUAGGAGAAGAAGUGUUUCUAAAUGGUAUCAGGAAUUAUCUCCAGGAGUUCAAGUUCAGAAAUGCUGAAUACAAGGACCUGUGGAGAUGCCUGCAGCAGGCAGUUGACGCGGCUAACAAGCAUGACAAAGUGGAGGAAAUGAUGAGAACGUGGACUGAGCAAGUUGGUUACCCAGUCAUCACCAUAAACACCAUCACAAGUGAAGUUUCCCAACAGCAUUUUCUCCUAAAUCAAACAACUGGCCACGAUCUCGCAUGGCAUGUUCCCGUAAGGCUAAUGAAAUCUGGUAAACCGGAUAUAUUAUCUGAUUUACUGAGAGAAAAAGGACCAGUGCCAAAGCCAGUGUAUUCAACUACAGGCGAUGAAUGGCUUUUAGCCAACGUUAACCGUACUGGUUAUUACCGAGUUAAUUACAACACAGAAAACUGGAACAGACUUCUGCUUCAGCUGGAAAGUGACUUGGAGGCUAUUCCUCCUAUCAAUCGUGGUCAACUAAUUGAUGAUGCAUUUAAUCUUGCAAGGGCAAAAUUAGUCAAUGUGACUUUGGCACUAGAUACAACCAAGUAUCUGCUGAAUGACACUGAAUACAUCCCUUGGGAAUCAGCCCUGCAAAAUCUGGAGUAUUUUAUUCUCAUGUUUGAUCGCUCAGAAGUCUAUGGCCCCAUGCAGGCAUACUUGCAGAAACAGGUCCUACCUCUGUAUGACUACUAUCAGAAUUUCACUGAAAACGCGUCAGUUCCUGUGAGCCACACUGAUCAAUAUAACCAGAUUAAUGCAGUGUCUGUCGCAUGUAGCAACGGUAUUACAAAGUGCAUCGACCUCUCUAAAAGUUUGUUCCAAUUGUGGAUUGACAACGACACAAAUAUAAUACCAGCCAACCUGAAAUCCACAAUCUACUGCAGUGCUAUAGCAGCAGGGGAAGAGGAGGAGUGGGAAUUUGCCUGGGAAAAAUUUCAGUCUGCCACUAGCGCUACAGAGAGAGAUAAACUAAGAUAUGCUCUCUCCUGCACAACGAAAAUAUGGCUCUUAAACAGAUACCUGCAGUAUACACUUGACCCUGACAAGAUAAAGAAAAUGGAUGCUGUCUCUACCAUAAACUACAUAGCAAAGAAUGUGGCUGGUCAGUCUCUAGCCUGGGAUUUUGUCCGUGCGCAAUGGAACUACAUUACCCAGGAGUAUGGAGCAGGCAUCAUGCACAUUGGCGCCCUGAUUGAUGGUGUCACACAGAGAUUCUCCACAGACUUUGAGCUCCAACAGCUGAAGCAGUUCCAGAAGGACAACGGAGCUGAAUUUGCUUACCCAGACAGAGCUUUGGAGCAGGCCAUUGAGAGGACUGAAGCUAACAUUAAAUGGGUUAAAGAGAACAAGGACAUUGUUCUAGAUUGGUUCAGAAGAGAGUCACAGGUCCUCUGAGUCUCUUAGGGCUGUGUAAUCAAAGCAAUCCACACAGCGGAGGCGGUGGAAUGAGAAACAGAUGUAGAACUUGAUCAAGAGACUGAAAACAACAUUGUGUUUCUGAGGUGUUUUUGUAUGACCUGUUUCAAAAGGGAAUUUCAUUACACUAUGGAGAAAUGAACAAAAUAUACCAAAUACUUUAUAUAAUUUGACAAUUAUGUCACUUGAAGGUAACUGAGUACUAAUCCAUGCAGGACAAUAUUAACUUUGCUGCGUUUUUGAGAUAAGGACAUGGUAAUACAAUCAAUGUUUUUUUUCCAACGAUCAAGAAAAUCUAAUUUAUUCCUUUGUAACUAAGUUAAAGCGCACACUUCUUUUCUUUUUUAUCUAGGCUUGUAAUUAUCAUUCACUCCCAAAGACAUACUAAAGUGCAAUGAGGAGAGAGUAGCAAAUAUUUUAACCUGUUGUAACAUUAAAUGUUAACAAUGACCAAAAAAAAAAAAUGUUUGUUGUACAUACUAAAG